CCUGGCGUGGGCAUGGGAUCCCCCUCCACGCCCAAGCUGGUCCCGGCCAGAGCCUUGCCGAAGACCCGGGCCAAGGCGCCGCUUGCUAAGAAGGUGCUGCCCACUAAGAAGGCACUGCCCGCUAAGAAGGCCACAAAGAAGGCCAUCCAAAUUCCCCCAAAGGCUUUAGACCCAGUAGGCACCGCAGGGGGAAAGGAGCAGGAGCGCCCCCUUGUGGACGGAGCUGCCGCUUGCAGCGCUUCCCAGUCCGCGCAGCCUUCAUCCCUUCCUCCUGCUUCGACUCCGCUCCCGCCGGAAAGUCCUUCGGAGGAGCCGGCUGCUAAGACCCUCCAAGUAGCCGCCUCGGUCUCUCCCAAGGAGCCCCUCCCGGCUAUGGAGCCUCCCAAGAAGCCAGUGAGUGGGGGAAAGGUGGAUCUGUCCACCCCCAAGCCUGGCGUGGGCAAGGGAUCCCCUUCCACGCCCAAGCGGGCCCCGGCCAGAGCCUUGCCCAAGGCGCCACUUGCUAAGAAGGUGCUGCCCGCUAAGAAGGCCGUGAAAGUCGCCCAAAGGCCCCAAAAGGCUUUAAACACAGUAGGCGCCGCAGCAGAAAAGGAGCUCGCUCAGCCUUCAUCCCUUCCUACUGCUUCGACUCCACUGCCACCGGAAAGUCCUUCGGAGGAGCCGGCUGCUAAGUGGGCAAAGCCUGCCACCCCAGAGGCUGCCGUCCCUCCUGCAGUGGCCGGAGUCUGUCCAAAGAAGGCCCAGGAGCCGGAAAUGACCCCACAGAUGAGACGGAUGAUCUCAGAGGCCAUUGCUCAGGGCAUUGCCGCAGGCAUCCAACAACAACACCCGGCUUCCUCUGCAGCCUCCGACAACGCCUUACGCCAGGGACAGGCUCCUCCUUCUUCCAUGAACAUCCCAGAGUCCCUUGACAAAGACUUGCCACUGUCUGGGGACCAAGAUGGGACUCCAGACCCCCAUGGCUUCGUAGGUCUCUUCAGUCCUGCCUUGUUUAAGACACUUCUCCAGAAAGCCAAGGCCACCGCUCGUAUAGGAGGAGAUCCAGCCGGCUUAGAUCCGGCCUCCUCUGAUCCCAAUAAUUUGUUGUUCACAGAACCCGCCACAGAGAAGGAGGAGAUCCCCUGCCCAAAGUUUUUCCUGGAUGUCGUCCAGCGACAAUGGGCUGUGUUAGGGUCGGGUCCACAUCCGACCAUCAAUGACAAACGGUUCUACAAUGUAGGCCCGAACUUAACAGCGGCAUUUGAUCCGCCAACAAUUGACGAGCCCGUGGCGGCCUUUCCCUCCUACACCGUUCUCUCCACCAACACGGACGGUGCUUUGAAUCCAGAAGAGAAGAAAAUAGAAAUGGCGCUAGUCAUGGGCCAUAAGUCAGCUGCCUGGGCGGUCAAGUCAGCGAUGGCUGCUUCCUUUUUCAAUAGAACGUCCUUGCUCUGGCUCAAACAGAUGCGAGCCAGAAUCCCAGUCACCGACCUCCAGACUCACGAGGACAUCAACAACCUGAUAGCGGCGGCAGAAUUCUCUGCAGAUGCCACCCUGAAUUCAGUCAGGUUUGCUUCCAAGUCCAUUGGCUCCUCUGUGACAGGCAGACGAGUACUGUGGCUCCGUAACUGGAAGUCAAACAUGAAGUUCAAGUGGAAGUUGGCCUGUGCCCCCUUCAAAGGUGAAAAGCUAUUCGGAGAGGCCUUAGAGCCUAUACUCAUAGAGACCAGAGACAAAAAGAAAGUCCUACCCUCUACGUUCAGAAAGCCUAAUAAGCAAUCCUCCCCCUACUUUCAGAAGCCGCCUUUUAGGGCAGCAGACACCGCAGAGGACUGCUCACAACCGCAAAGGGCAUACUUCCAGCGACCUGAUCACCAAUCAGAUAGCCCCAGAUAUAGAGGCAGGGGCAGGCAGCAGUUCCAAUCCAAACGGCCAUUAAGAGGCUCGUCUAGAAGUCUGCAGAGCCAACCGUCCAGAGGACCAGAAGCGACUGGGGAUUGUAAUGCUAAAAGCUUCUAUGAGUUGGAGAGUGAUACUCCACCUAAAAAGACUCACCAAGCAUCUGGUAUACAAGAAUUUCAAAAUCCAGUCCAUACUGGAGGGCAUCUGGGUGGGCGUCUUCCUGAUGUCAAUAGAUCUCACGGAAACAUACCUGGACGUCCCUAUAUUGCAGAUUCACCAAUGAUUUCUAUGGACAUGCAACGCGAACCACCAUUACAGAGCCCUCACGAAGAUACUAGUGAUGCUCUUGGCUCACCUCAGGGCUAUCCCUAUUCCCGUCCAACACUAUCUGGCCGACAUGUGGAUCGAAUCCGCCUCUCACCUCCACGCCAUAGGGGAUCUACUCAUCACGAUCCGGGUCCUUCAGGGUCCUUCAGGGAAUCAGGGAUUCACAGUCAACAACGACAAGAGCCACUUGCCUCCUACCGACAGGAUACUCCACCUAGCAGCAGCUAUAGAAACGACAUGCAUAGUUUGCCUGUCCCAGGACCGCCAGGACAGCAUCAGCGCUCUGGCGAACUGGAUUCAAUUGGACCAAACGGUGCCUCUCGUCCUCGUCUCACAAUUGUUAGGCAAGGUGGUGUCCUGCGUCUCCCUUGUUCCCGGGGCACGUCUGCAUACCAGGACAUUACAAUGGUUCCUCCUGCCUACCCAGAAAUACAGCAGGAGCAAUUCAACUAUCAGAGUCCCAUCAGGGGUCCUCCAGGGGUGGAUGCCACCGACCACAACCAGGGGAUGCCCAUUCCAGGAACCGAACAGUCUCAUCAUCGGUACGGACGCUGGUUUUCUGGGUUGGAGAGCCCAGAUAGAGACCCAGAUGGCAGAAGGCCAGUGGACACAAGAGGAAUGACGAACCAACGACAACUGGGAAGAGAUCCAAGCAGGCCACAGAGCCCUCCGAUGGAUCCAGACCACCAUCUCCGGCCACCACAUCCUAGCAGACAACGUAGCCACCAAGACCCAUAUGAACCACCGAGGGAGCACCCACUCGAGGAUAUCGACUACCGGAGACUGAGUCCCUUUGGAAGUCCUCCAGGGGCGGAUUUCACUGACUACAACCAGGGGAAUAACAUUCAAGAAACCGAACCGUCUCGCCAUCGUUCCAGAGGCCGGUUUUCUCGCCUGGAGAGCCCAGAUAGAGACCCAGAUGGCAGAAGGCCAGUGGACAGAAGAGGAACUAUGCAAGAACGUCAACCGAUCUACUUGGGGAGACGGCGCCAAAGAGCGGAGUCCUAAGUACUGGGCGCACUUUUAUCCCAUCUUUUGAUCGGCGUGGCAAGAGUCACAUGGACAUUGGUGGAAAUUUCAAGGGAAGAGUCUUCUUCAUUUCCUCUUAAGUUUUUUCUGGAGACGUCAUUCCUCACCUUUCGAACUUUACAUCCCUAUCUUUUACGUCCGGGAGUGACAUCCAGUGAGUUGUUAGCUACUGUAUCUGAGCUCUCCUUUCCUCAUUCCAUGUUUUGGGUUUUAAAUUCUGCUAGUCUUCGACUUACGACCACAAUGUCUGUCAUAUAGCGAGAUGUUGGCAGAGUGAGCUUUGCCCGCACUCCUGCUGUUCAUUUUACCUACCUUCCUCGCCACUGUCAUUUAAGCAAAUUGCAGCAGUUAUUAAGUUUGUAAGAGGGAUGUUAAGCGAAUCUGGCUUUCCACACACCCCUCCCGCAGCUGACAUCACUUGUUGCUAAUCGGUUCCGAAGCAUCUGACAUUUCAAUCGCCUGACCGCCUCGAUGCUACAAAAGUCGUGUCAAAAACGGUACUCAAAUGGCCGUUGCAACUUUGGUCACUAAAAGAAGUGUCAUCCACCCCCAAUCCUUCCCAUCCUAACCUUGGGAGCUUAGAUGCCAGGGAGCUGCCCACUUUUACUCCGCAUGACUUCCGCGCUCACUAAUUUCCCCUGAAUCUCGUCUGUUAUAUCGCAUUGUGUAUCCAACAACCAAUAAAAGGACAGAUUUGCA